AUGGUGAUGAAGACGGUGGAGAAGGUGCUCACCAACCUGGGGGCGGCUGACAUCGACACCCGGCUGGAAGAUAUGCUGAUCGACGGCAUCCUCUCUACCUUCCAGGAACCUGUGGGCACUGGGUAUGUGGGGGACAACACGUGGGUGGGUACAUGGGGAGUGGGAAUGGUGAUGGAGACGGUGGAGAAGAUGCUCACUAACCUGGGGGACGCUGACAUCGAUGCGCGGUUGGAGGACCAAUUGAAGUGGCGGCUGAACAACAAGAGUGCAAAGGUGCGGCAGUGGGCGGCGGACCUGAUAGCGCGCAUUGCAGUGGUGAUGAAGGCGUGUGGGGAGGAGCAGCUCAUGGGGCAUCUGGGCGUCGUGCUCUAUGAGUACCUCGGAGAAGCACGCAUUGCAGUGGUGAUGAAGGCGUGCGGGAAAGAGCAGCUCAUGGGCCACCUGGGCAUCGUGCUCUAUGAUGAGUACCUGGGAGAAGGAGUGCUCAGAGCCAUUGUGAACGUGAUCCGCAUGACCAAGAUGACUCCUUCAUCUGGCAACCUGAAUUCCGCCUGA